CGAUAUGCGAUACAUGAAAAAAGAUUAUCAUCAUAUGCAGUGGUUUUUACAAACUUUGGCGGGAAUUCUGACCUGCUCCUUGAUUACCUGGUGUAUAAUCAUUCAGUAUAAAAUGAACGAGCUUCAACACAAUCUUACCCAACUGGAAAGCAAAAAUUCAUUUCAAUUUACAGAAAUUAAGAAUUGGCAAGAUCUACAUGGAAAGGCUUUCAGCAAUUUUGAAAAAGAAUUAUUAAGUCUGAAACUAUCUACAGAAAACUUGGCCCAGUCUGUAGAACAGCAAUGGAGUCAAACCAAGACGACAAUAGAAAAACAAUUUCAAUUACGCAAAGACAUGACAAGAUGUUCUGAAGAUUUACUCAACCUACAUGCAGUGUAUGCGAAACAUUUCACUUACCCACAAACAUACGUGGAUAAGGCAAAAGAUGAACUAAAACUUCAAUUUGAAGUCGAAAAAGGGAAAAUUUUCAAAACUCUUUAUGAAGAAAAAUUAAACAAUUUCCAUGAUAUACUUGAGAUACACUUGACUAAAUAUGAGUCUCUCAAGGUAGUGAAAUUCGAUUCAUCGAACCAACAUGCAUCUGAAUCACGUUUGACAAAGAAAGUUCUGAUGCAAAUGUUUAAUGAUUUAAAGACAUCAAUGAAGAAAUGGAUAAUGACGUUAAAAAGUACUUUAUAUUUUUGGCAAGGACGUAUACAUCAACAGGUCUCAGAAAUAGACGAGAUUAGACUUUGGACUGUGAGAUACGUCCAACAAAAGUUAAAACAUAACAAAAAAUUCAUAGAUGCAUUGAAUAUACAUAUGAAAAACAGCAAAAGAGGAAUAUUGGCUUUGAACGAUACAAUCAAUUCGGUGAAAAGCUUUUGGUUCUCUUAUCCAAGUUUUGCAAACAAGUUUGGACAUGAAAUGAAAAGGAAAUGCUCCAAAGCACUCAGGGGAAUGGAAACAUUACAAUAUAAACCCGAUGGAGUUUUGAGCCCAUGGGUUGUGUUGAUCAUACCUAUUUUACUAACAUCGAUUUAUUUUCCUUGGACAAACUGGUCAAGCGGUAAUAAAGAAGUCGUUAAGCAAUGGAUGAUGAAGAAAUUUUUAAAUGGAAAUGAAAAGAAACCUCCGCCUCAUUCUGACCCGAAGGAAAAACUUGAACAUUCGCUAUGUGUCGUUAAUUUUGGAUGUGGAUCUGAUAAACAGAAAUAUGUUCAUUUGGCCUCUGAUUUGAUGGGCUCUGGGUUCUCUCUACAAAUGAAGAAAGUGGUGGUCAAUUCUACAGAAAGCCUGGAAACUCUACCCCCAUCAAAGGUGAUACUUAUGUUUGUGGAUUACAACGAAAGAAAUCUAAUCAUAGAAGAAGAACAUGGAGGUCUGAAAAGAAAGACUCUAUCUAUGUUGCAAAAGACUGGUGCUGAAGUGACUGUCGUUUACUGCUAUGAACUUUCUUCUAAACAUCUUGAUGAAGGACGCCUGUUUGCUCAGAAGUUGACUGUAAUUGAUAGAAUGAAAGAACUCAGAGAACUUCGUGAAAGGAACUCAAUAUUUAGUAUCUACGAUAAAUUCAACCCAACACAGAAAGAAGUCUUCCGUUCUAAGCUGAAUAAUUUUAAUUAG